AUGAGUCAGUCGCAAGUACUAAAAGAAGUUGAAGAUGACAAUGCCAUGCACCAUCGUGUCGCUAGGUUGAGUAUCACCGUUGACGACGACUCCUACAAGGAACACCAGAAGUUUCUAACAUCUCUGAAAUCUCAAUCGGAAAACCAGGAAUCUUCAGCAUUUUCAGGAGAUGAGGAAACACCUUACAAUGUACCAGUGGCCACUACUAAUGAGAGAUUCCCCAAAUCUUCCAAGAAGAGGAAAAACGAAAAGAGGAAACAACGUAAGCUACAAAAGAAGCUUGAAAGACAACAACAGAUUGAAAAUGGUACGGCGUUACUGAGGGAAAUGAUUGAUAACUCAAAUCAGAAUACUUCUGCCAUUGAUGAUGAUGAUGAUGAUGGAGGAGAUGGAAAUGGAAAUGAUAAUGGAAAUAGAGACAACAUCCCGCUUCAUUUGUUGGCGAAAGAGAGAGGUUCCAAAAGAAGACGGUCUUCUGCUGCUCUGAAUGUUGGAAUGAUUGUUAGGAAGAAAAAGUUCUUAAAUGACAAGCCCAAGCUAACAGUUUUGGGCGAUAGAAAUAAAAAGGCCUCUAUUUCUUCAAUAAGGGAUCUCCUGUUGUAUUCGUUGACAGACAUGGAUUUGGUCCCAAGAUGGUGCAACUUGACUAAUAGGAGAUCUGUUGACAAGUUUGUCAUUGUUUUCCUGCGUGGAUUGACCAACAAAGAGUUUGGCAUGCCGGAUUUGAAGAAAGAGGUUGAUCCUCUACUAAUAUCAAAAUAUAAUUUAAAUGGGAACUUGGAUAGCUUUGGUAAACAUUUCAAGGAGGUUAUACCAAUGAUUGCACCAGGUUCGAAAAAAUGUAUCUAUUCAACUUAUUCUUCGCUAGUCUCUUAUACUCUCUCAAAUAAACAAAAGGCUGCAAUUCAAAAAGAAAAUGAAAACAGGAAAAUUGUAUUGCCUGAUUUAUACUUAACGUUGGAAGAGCUGUUGUUCAAUAAUUAUCCCAUCCAUAAAGAUGUUCCGGGUGCAACUACAGAAAUGAUCGAUAAAACCAGUGAUUAUAAAAGUACAGUCAAUUUCCACCAUGAUGGCUCAAGAACAUUUGCACUAGAUUGUGAAAUGUGCCUGUCUGUGAAUGGUAGAGUUCUAACCAGAGUUUCACUAUGUGAUUUCGAUAAUAAUGUCAUUGUCGAUAAAUUAAUUAAACCUGAUGAGCCUAUUAUUGACUAUUUAACUCAAUAUUCCGGUAUAACCGAAGAAAUGUUAGAAGGGGUGGAAACAACAGUCGAAGACAUACAGGAAGAGCUUCUGUCUAUUAUCUCAAGCAACGAUACACUUAUUGGGCAUUCACUUGAGUCAGAUUUAUCGGUUUUGAAAAUUAAGCAUCCCUUUAUCGUCGAUACCUCAGUUUGUUAUGACCAUCCAAGAGGCCCACCUUCCAAAGCUUCAUUAAAGAUGUUAAUGUCGACCCACUUAGACACGGCAAUCCAGAAGAGUUUCUCUGGCCAUGAUUCGGUGGAAGACUGUAUCAGUUGUAUGGAGCUAGUCAAACUUAAGAUCGCCAAGGGUUAUUUGUAUGGUAAAUCGUAUAAUAUGGAGUCCCUAUUCAAAAGAAUUGCACAAAACAACAAGCUUGUCAAGACCGCAGAGGGGGAAAAAAUCCCGAAAAAGUCAUUAGUUGUGGGUUAUUCACCAGUCAAAAACUUUGGACAUCACGAAACCCAAGUUCAAUGCAAUUCGGAUGAUGAAAUCGUGGAUAAGUUUGUCGAGUUACAACCAGACAAUGACCUGAUCAUCCUUAAAAUGAGAGAACUGGAAUGGUUCAAAAAUUUUUCCCAGAAUAAUAUAGUGGAAGGUUUGAAGUUACCCGAUGAUGUGAACGAAAUGUACCGAAAAGUGAAUGAUAGAAUGGAGAAAAUAUACGACAAUUUGGCACCAAAUUCCAUACUUGUGGUUUGUUCGGAGAAUGGUGAUACGAGGGAGAUGUUGAGGUUGCAGAGUCAAACCAAAGUUAUCAAAUUCAAGGUUGAGAAAGAUACCGAGGAAAAACCAGUACAUGUAAAAGAUGAAAAGUUUACUGAAGAUACUUGGGAACAGCUGGGGAAAGCAUUAGAUGAAGCACGAGAUACGCUCUUUUUGUGUACAUUGAAACCAUCAGAUUUCAAACCCAGUGCAAGUACCGAACCUGAGUCACUUUCAACUAUUAUCGGAAAUUAG